UUCUGAGCAUCAGAACGAGAGAGAGAAGAAGCAGAGACACAGAGAAGCACGAUGGAAGAGUUCAAAUGGAUCAAAAUGUCUUUAUUUCUGAUACCGCUGCUUCACUUUACAGCAGCAGCUGGAAACCAUUUCCUCUCCUUCACUGUCAGAGCUGGAGAUGAUGUCACUUUGCCUUGUGAACAUGUGAUAGACGGUCAGAGAAAGUGUGACAGUACUACCUGGCUCUUCAGUGGUUCAGGAAACACAGUGGAGCUGUUUGAACUCGGGCAGAUUAAAGAAGAAGCCAGAGAUAAAUCAGACAGACUGAGUGUUAGAGAGAACUGUUCUCUGGUUAUAAAGAAGGUCACAGAGGAGGAUGCUGGUCGUUACACCUGCAGACAGUUCAGAUCAGGACAACAUCAAGGUCCAGAUACUGCGGUUGUUCUGUCUGUUACCAUGGUAGAAAAGAACACUGAUGAGGAGAAACCAGGUUGGAGGUGGCUGAUCGUUGUCUUUGUGGCUGUUGCAGCGCUCCUAAUAAUCACUGUGGCUGUCAUCAGAUGGAAGAGAGCUAAAGGGAACAAAACACCAACGUAUGCAAAUGUGGCUCGGGGUGGAGGCACCGUGACAGCUCCCUCUUCCUCUGCUGCUGCUGCAGCCUCUGCUGAUCUCAGCAACCUCUACGCCACCAUCAACGAACCCAAAAAAUAA